CACACAUACACACACACACACACACACACAUCAGCAGCCAGCUAGUUAUUUUUACUUGAAGGGGGAAACUACAAAUAUGCUGUGAAGCUCUUCGUCGUAGCUUGGCUCCCGGCAAAAAGCGCAGUUUUUCCUGAGCAUCUGCUGGUGGGAAAAAUUGUCAAGGAGAGAAGUGCGAGAAGCGAUAUGCGGCUCGGUGGGCUGCUGGUUUUGCAGUUUGUCUCCUGGAAUUAGUGGAUGAAUGGGAAGGGAGCGGCUGUAGCCUCGAACCAGGGAAACAGAAUUUACAGAAUAGAGCCUGCGGUGGCACACAAUGGAUACUGGUCCGUCCCUGAAGGUGAAAGAGUGAACGGAUGAGGUGCUGGACUUCUCUCUCAGCACACACAGAGCCGUCACCUCGCAACGUUCAUCCGUGGGAGGAGGGGGAAGACUUGGGAUUGUUUGUUGCCCGCAGGAGGAAUUCAAGGUGACCUUAGAGAUCCAACAGAGACAAAUGUGAAAACUAUCAAGAAGAGGUGCUGUACGAAUCGGACCCCACCUUCCUAACAUGAAUCACUAUGUGUUUGGAUACCUGACCUGACCAUACCACUGAUCCUGUUACAGCUGCUUCUUCAUUGUGCUCGCUGAGCGUGAAUGUGUGGCCUUGAGGUAUUUCGGAGGGACCAUAUGGCACAAUACCACACAAUAUAGGUCCCCUUUGUAUGAACUAACAUGGACAAAGUGGUCAUCUGUCUCCUGCUUCUGGGAACCGCAGUUACGAUGGUCCAUGCAUGUCCCAAAUACUGUGUCUGCCAGAACCUCUCUGAGUCUCUAGGGACUCUGUGCCCCUCCAAAGGCCUGCUCUUCGUCCCACUGGACAUUGACCGGCGAACUGUGGAGCUCCGGCUUGGAGGCAACUUCAUCCUCAAGGUCACCACUCAGGACUUUGCCAACAUGACAGGUCUGGUGGAUCUCACCUUGUCCCGGAACACCAUCAGCACCAUCCAGCCUUUCUCUUUCAUCGACCUGGAGACUCUGAGAUCCCUGCACCUCGACAGCAACCGGUUGACUGAGCUGGGUCCGGACGACCUCCGAGGGCUGAUCAACCUGCAGCACCUGAUCCUCAAUAACAAUCAGCUGAAUCUGAUCUCCAACACGGCCUUUGACGACUUGCUAUUAACACUGGAGGAUUUGGAUUUGUCGUAUAACAACUUGCGCAGUGUGCCUUGGGAAGCCAUCCGCAAGAUGGUCAACCUCCAUCAGAUGAGUCUGGAUCAUAACCUCAUCGCCUUCAUUGCUGAGGGGACUUUUACAGAUCUAGAAAAACUCGCCCGAUUGGAUCUCACCUCCAACCGUCUCCAGAAGCUCCCGCCGGACCCCAUCUUUGCGCGCUCCCAGAGCAAUGUAGUGAUGAGCACUCCUUAUGCACCUCCACUGUCUCUAAGCUUUGGUGGAAACCCAUUGCACUGCAACUGUGAAGUGCUUUGGCUUCGACGGCUGGAGCGUGAGGAUGAUAUGGAAACCUGUGCUUCUCCUGCGAGUCUAAAGGGGCGCUACUUUUGGUCCGUUCGUGAGGAGGAGUUUGUUUGUGAGCCCCCUUUGAUCACGCAACAUACGCACAAGUUACUAGUGCUGGAAGGCCAAACAGCUAGCCUGCGCUGCAAAGCGGUCGGGGAUCCAAUGCCAACUGUGCAUUGGGUCGCUCCUGAUGACCGCUUGAUCAGCAACUCCUCCAGAGCAACGGUAUUCGAAAAUGGAACCCUUGACAUAACGAUCACCACCUCCAAGGAUUUCGGGACCUUUACCUGCAUAGCUGCCAAUGCUGCUGGGGAGUCGACGGCUUCCAUUGAGCUGUCAAUCAUCCAACUCCCCCAUCUGAGCAAUGGUACAAACCGCACCACGCAGUCCAAGUCGGGGCUUUCGGACAUAACUAGUUCUACCAAGAUCAGCAAAGGGGAACCUAAACCUGUACCAGAGAAGGUGGUGUCUGUAUCAGAAGUGACUGCCGUCUCUGCUCUGAUUAAGUGGACUGUUAGCAAAUCAACUCCAAAGGUCAAAAUGUAUCAGCUUCAGUACAAUUGUUCUGAGGAUGAAGUCCUCAUUUACAGGAUGAUUCCUAUGAAUAACCGAGCCUUCGUAGUCACAAAUCUUGUCCCAGGGAUGCAGUAUGACCUGUGUGUUCUUGCCAUCUGGGAUGACACUGCCACCACCCUCACUGCCACCAACAUCGUCGGCUGUGUCCAGUUCAUCACCAGGGAGGACUACCCGCAGUGCCAGUCCCUCCACAGUGGCUUCUUGGGUGGCACCAUGAUCCUGGUCAUUGGGGGCAUCAUCGUGGCCACGCUGCUGGUGUUCAUCAUCAUCCUCAUGGUGCGGUAUAAGGUGACAAGUGGCAUCCAGACUAAUAAACUACCCACCGUGAGCAACACGUACUCGCAAACCAACGGGGGACUGAACAGGUUCAACGGUGCCCCGCCACAGGUCAAAUCCACAGUGGUGGUCAUGCGUGAGGAAAUGGUAGAGUUCAAGUGUGGAUCCCUCCAGAGCAGUCUCUCUUCAUCCUCAUCCUCCUCUAACUCGUUAGACAGCCAAACAGGAAGGGGGGCUGGCGACCGCUACAGCAUGCAGGGAAGCGAAUGCAGCACCCUGCCCAGCAGCAAAUUCAGGAGGCACGGCGCCAAAGCACGGCCAAACCUGGACCACCUUUUAGGGGCCUUCACCGCACUGGAGCUGCGAGGGGCAGCGAGGGACCAGCAAGGGGCUUCGGGGCGCCCCACCACUUCCAACGCUCUGAUGACGGUGGCCGUGGUACCCCCGUCCGAUAAAGAACCCCUGCUCGGGAGGGCCGAGUCCACCACCAUGCUGGGGCGUCUAUUAGGGAUGCCCCAGGAGGGUAAGCCCAAGAGGAGUCACUCGUUUGACAUGGGUCAUGUGGGGGCUGCACAGUGUCGCAGCAACUACCCUCGCAGGAUCAGUAACAUCUGGACUAAGCGCAGUCUGUCUGUUAACGGCAUGCUGCUGCAGUAUGAUGACAGUGAGGACGAGAAGCCCACUUUUGAGAGUUCUGAGUGGGUGAUGGAGAGCACAGUUUGAGUGUCUAACUGUGAGGUCCAUGGCCAAUAAAUCUAUAUCAGGAACUAAAGGAACAUGAGGCAGGACAUUCCAGAGGGAAUCUGCCUUUGGGUAUUGCAUGAAGUUCAUCCAUGUGAAUACUGUUUCAGUAAUUAUGUGAGAAAAGACACUCAAAUCGAUAGAUUCCUGGCCAUGAUCUCAAAUCUCUGACAGUGUCUAAUUGUAAUUGAAAUAUUGUUCCCAUCUUGAAACUACACCGAAUCUUGGAUUGUGCAGAGGGAAUAAUUUCCCAUCCACAGGGCACGUGAGAGUGUAUCCGAGAGAAAGAGGGGAAGGGAAGAUGAGAAAUUCAAAGUGGAUUUACUACGUCUUUAUCGAAAGAACUGAAUGCCAAGAGGAUUUUCUUCGGCUGCGGUGAACUGGAUGUGCAUCACAAUGUCUUGGACACUCGGCUUGAAAUGGGACUACUGCAACAGUAGAGAGAAGGACCAGAGGAGCAGAAAGAAAAUUCAAAGUCAUUUUUAUUUUCAGCUAGGUUUUUCUAUCAUUUUUACUAUUUAUUAUUUGAGGUGAUUCAUCAGCAGACAGAGGAACCGUUCUUUCAUGAAAUUAUGACACACACACACAAACACAUACAUACACACACACACACACACACACACACACACGCACACACACUAUCCCUUCACAUGCAGUAGAGUUGGGUUGAGGUUUUGCAGAUCUGGUCCGGUGUAUGAUUUAACAGGUUUGAUUUUAUGCAAACCGGCUGAAUAGGCAUUAUGACACAUUCUGGUGAAAUAAAAAAAGCUUAUGUUAGCAACCUGUGGCAAUGGCAACACGGAGCCAAAAUCCAACUUGUAUUUACAGUAUUUUCCACAAAUAUACUUUACUUGGGCGGACUGGCAAGGUGUAAUUAUGGCUGCCAAAGUAUAUCUGGUGACCUAUUUCAGCAUUUUUGGAUUUUAUUGUUUCAUCCAUCCAGGAGAAUGACACUGUCUGCGAUCAAUUAUUGACCCUUACUUUAUUGCACAUGCUCUACAAUCAACAGAAAGAAACAGAUGUUCGGAGUAAAAACGUUAAAGGACAAGGACAUGAUGCAGUAGAUACAUUCGGCGUCGAGUCAUAAUUGGCGAGUCGGGAUACGGCCCUUUUUUCUAGACUGGAAAAGCUGGGAAAGCACAGUGUUUUAAACUCACAUGCUAAUGUGAAUAAGACUCACAUCUUACAUAGGGUCUUUGCUGUCACGUCGGAUCAGAUUGUUGUCCAUAUCUCAUAUAACACUGGAUAAAUGAUCUAAUGAAAUGUCCAUAUAUGCCACCAGGUAGACUGGAGUCUUGGCACUCAAAUUCAAAAGUCAAGUGCAAUGCCUGGUGGUAAAAGUCAGUAUAGCGGUACGAUCCGGUGUUUGGCAUACUAUCAAACCGGUUUAAAAGUGUUUACACCUGCCCAGCAUAACAUACAGCCAUUACACAGCACUCAACAGUACCUUCAAUCAAAUUUCAAUGAAUUACAAGUAGUAUACAUGGCUUCUUUUCAAAACAGUAUUAUGCUCUCUAAAUAUCCAUAACACUGAACCACAACAAGCCAGUCUUGUAUUUCUACCUCAGGUUAUGUAUCUUAUGAGGUUAUUUAAAUACGAAAGUGAAUGGAAAUACAACAAAACCCAAAUGCACAAGAGGAUCACAAAGAGCUCCAAACACAAAGUUCACUUGUUUGCAAAUGCUUCAAAGAGUCUCCAGUCAAUCAGACAGUGUGUGUUGCCAGCUCAGGUUGAAUUCCUGCGGUUACAUAAUGUCUUUUUUGAAAGCUUUGAUGCGCUCCCCAUUGGCUAAUGUUGGUGACAGUGGUCCCUGUAGGCUCAAAGGCCAUUGAUGUAAACAGAGUGUUUGCCUCGGGAUACGGUUUCAGAUGCUAUCAGCACUUAUUACAGUCAGCAGACAGGAAUAGUCUUUGAAAUCCAUCAAGCCCACUUAAUUAUUUGCUUAUCCCCACAGCAGGGUGUAUCAUUUGGCUUUUAAUCUCUUUAGGUAACACAAACAAGAGAAUAUGACAAUUACUCAUUUAGCCAGGUUAAAUGGCCGAAUGAGUCCAAAUUGACUUUGAUAAAGGUCAUUACGCUGCUCAGGAGAGGAAGUUAAAUGGGAAAAAGGUAACUUUUUAAGGGCCAAACACCUGAAACUGUCUGGAAAUCUACUUCACCACAUCAUGAUACCGAACCUUUGUUGUCAUCAAAGGCACCAUUCAUGUUUUAAUGUCUUUCAUACGGAGCUGUACAUUGCAGUAAGAUACUUUGAAUUAGAGGCUAUUCUGAUUACUGCCUACAAUCAACCAAGACAUCCCUACACAUGUUGAUGCCUUUCUGAAUAUGUUGUGGGUCUCUGCUGCAUUUCAAAUGUGGGGUGGUCAUCUUUUUUCUUUUUUAAUUGUUUUCAUCCCUAGGUGUACCGUUCUGUAUAUUGGCAUUUUUUUGUACAAUAACUGGGUGAGAAUGUAAAGGGGUGGGUGGGGAUCGUGCAGUAGUACUUUUAUUUUCAUGUGAAGCAAACAGUGAGAAGGUGCUUUACUGUGGUGUACCAACUUGGUUAUUGUUAGUUGGCUCACUGAAAUGGGAUGUUACAUGGUACUACCAGCUGUGUUUAAAGGGUCACGUCACCCAAAUAACAAAAACACACAUUUUCUGACUCUCCUCUGGUGCUAACUAGCCACGUACAUAUUGUUGGUUUUUAACUGCCCAGGUUUUGAGAAGUCCUUUCAUAAGAUGUCUGCCUGAACCAUAACACAGUGGGGUUGGACGAAGCAUUAUGGCAUUAUAUACUGUGUGACAACAUUUGUUAAUUGUCAUAGAUUUUGCCAUAACAUUUUACGACACUAGCAGUUUAUUUAACACCUCUGGGUUUAUUAACUCUUUGAGGUCCAUUCUGCAAAUCAAUGAGCAGGACUUUUUUAUAACAAUAUCGGAUUUUAUGUUACUGUCACUGUGAUAAAGUAUCUUAAAGCAGUCGAUCCCAAAUACUGGUGAGAUUUUAAUUGGGUUGCCAAUAAUAUGCAGUAAAUAGAAAAUCUGUAUUAAUAAUUAAUACUAAUUGAGCCUGUUUGAGUAACAUUUGCCAAAAACUACAGUUCCCAUUCGUUUAAGGGAAUAACUUUUUUAAAAACACAACUAGAUAUUCAUAAUUCUCAUGGCCAUGUGAAGAGCCACAGACAGGGUAGAGAAGUCAGAAAUUGUAGAAAGACAGACUAACACACUGUUGGCUAUUUUCUUUUCAUGAUUUUUUUAAAUAAGAAAAUAGAUUAUAACCAGCCUGAUUUAUUUUAUUUUGCUCUAUUAGCCAUCAAUAUGGUCAUAAUAUUUCAUCAGUAUUUCUUAUAGACUUUAUCUAUAUCGCCCACUUAGACAAUGAGGAUAGAUGCAUCGACAAAAGCUGCAUAGUUUUCUCUGCUAUCUAACAAGAAAAAAAUUUAUUUAUUAAAUUUCUAACAAGGUUCCUGGAACAA